UUGUUUAUUGCUGAAUGCAAGUUAUGUUAAUCGUGAAAAUUCUCCCAUUUUCACAGACAUCGAACCAGUAUCAGGUGUUUAGUGGCUUUGUCUGUGCAUUAAAUUAGCAUUCGAACCCAGAUCCGCCUAGAGGAAGGUCAGGGUCAUGAAUAUUUUAUCUUUUGUUUGGCAAUCAGGAAUGUUUUCAUUGAGUCGAUACGCUAUUAAUGCGAUAUUUUCUUAUCAAGCUUAGCUAAAUUAUCGAUGAUAAAAAGAUUUUUGUGUUUAUAGCGUUAAAAAUAUUAAACUUUAGAAGUUUCGAGUCAGCUGAGAGACGAGACCGAGUUUUGUCAUUUAUGAUUGUGCUAAAAGACGGAAAACCACAACUUAGACAUGAUAGAGAACAAUAAAUGAUAUGAAGAUGUGCAAAGAUGUUUGGGAUAACAUGAGACACCGAUGCAACUUAGAUUUGGAAACAGCUUACAUUACCUGUAAACACAUAUUUUCUAAACAUAUUUUAAAAAGUAUGUAACUUAAGAAGACACCAGUAAAAAGAUUAAAUAAUGAAAGAAAACUUAAAGUGAGAAACUCGGGAACUUGCACAAAAAUUCAAAAUGAAUUCACAGCAACAACAUCGUGACCCUAUCCGAGAUAUUUUCUCCAAUCCGAUCCUUUGGACCAAUGGGAGCUCUCGUGAUAAAAUGGAGGCGAUGUCCAAACUGGAUUCAAUACUGUACAGCACAAUAAACAACAUGGUAAAGAGGGAGCCAGAAAGUUUAGACAACGACCAUUGCAACCAUCAACGACCGCCCCACCCCUCAAUGAUGAUGGGGUCCCAAUUUUUCAUGAGUUCACAUGAAAGUGCAAUGGACCACUUAAAUAUUCCAUUGAAUUCCAGUGUUCUUCCAGAUUCCAAAAGUUUGCAAGUUGAUUCAGGUCAUUCCACUAUAAAUGAAACUGCUGGAGCAAGUUCCUCCAGAAGAAGCUUAGCUUUCAAAAAGAAACCGAAUAUAAACCUACCCAAAGAAAUGAACACCGAUAUGGAUGCCAUGUUUGAUAAGUAUGAAAAUAUCACAGACAGCAGACCCAUGGAACUUGGUCUUGGGGACAAUAGGCAUAAUUUUGUGAACCAUUCCCAAAAUAAAGCUACUUUGAUGAAGAAUUCAGGUCUAGAAAACUCUGAUGAUAUGCAGAUGUUUACACGGUUCUCAGGGAAUAGUAUGUUCAUUGAACUGGGAAACAGCCAAAGUGUGGUACAUUCAAAGGAGGUUAGUGCGUUACCUGAAAAAGAAUCUAUGGAUAUUCCUCAAGCAACGCAGUUGAAUUUAGAUAUUUGCGAAAACGAAUUAACAAAUGAGGUUAGUGAAGACAAUAAAACAAAUGAUGGUGAAAAUGCAAUCACUGAAGAACAAAACCGACUUAAACCUACUAAAGGAACUAGGAAAUAUUUCAUCAAAAUUAUCAAUGGAAAGAAAUUUCAUGAAUGUUCACUGUGUACCAAACUGUUCAAAACCAGAGCUGAAAGAAAAGCCCACAACAGAAUGCAUAGAGAAACCAUAAUGGACGUUGAUGUUAAAGUCAUCGACGGCAAGAGAUGGCGUGAAUGCUCAGAGUGCUCGAAACUCUUUAAGACUCGCAAAGAAUUGCGCAUUCAUUUUCGCAUCCAUUCCAAUGAAAAACCGUAUUCCUGUGAAGUAUGUGGCAAAGCUUUUAAACAAAUUGCUCACAUGAACUCCCACAUGAAAAUUCACUCAGGAGAGAAACCGCACACCUGUGAUUUAUGUGGGAUGAACUUCAGUGAACGAUCAAGUCUGAAGCGUCAUGUUCGAAGGCAUCUUGGAAUUCGUCCAUAUCAGUGUGAAGUUUGUGAGAAGACGUUCUAUACUAGUACCACACUCAAAUCGCACAAAGAAUCUCACGAAAUUCGGUCAGGAACAAAGGCUCGCUAUGACUGUACCAUCUGCAAGAAGAGUUAUUCCAGGAAAGAGACUUUAAACAAACACAUGAAAACUCAUGACCCUGAACAGAGAAUAACCUGUGAGAAAUGUGGAUGUUAUUUUCUGACCAAAGCCCAUCUGAAACGUCAUCAGCUAACUCAUAAGGUAAGCGAGGAUAAAAACGAGGACUACAAAAAGUUCUUUUGCGGUGUUUGUGAAAAGAAAUUUUCCACUGAUGGCCUACUUAAAUCUCACAUGACUACCCACAAGACGGAGAGAAAUUUUAAGUGCGAUAUUUGUUCCUGUACGUUCAAAGACAAAUAUGCCCUGCAACGACAUGGGUUUGUCCACAAUCCAGUGGAACGGGAAAAGAAAGCUACGCAUCUCUGUGAACAGUGUGGAAAAAAGUUUCUGUCGGCAAGUAGUCUACGUUACCAUUUGGCAACGCAUAUGGACAAUAAGCCAUUCGCAUGUGAGGUAUGCAACCGAGCAUUUUCUCGAGAAAGAGAUAUGAUUAAGCAUGCCACAAUUCACGAGAAAGACACCCAUUUCAAAUGUCCCGAAUGUGAUGAAACAUUCCAGUUGAGAAAACAGCUGUUGUUGCACAUUUCUAGGAGACACCCAGAAGAAGAGAAAAUCCACCAAUGUAAAAUAUGUCUAAAGAUCUUCAGUCGAGACGACACGCUUAAAUGUCAUAUGAAACGACACGAGGGAACUGCCUAUCCGUGUGACAUUUGUGAAAAAAUAUUUGAUCGGAAGUCUAAUUUGAAAGUUCACAAGCUUACUCAUACGAUGACAAGUGAUAUUCAGUGCCCUUACUGCCCAAUGAAAGUACGCUACAAGAGAAGUCUGGUUCGACACAUUGCCAGAAGACACAAAAAUGUGGGUCGGAAAGACCCGCACGAAUCUCUGUCACAUGACAGUUUUACUAGGGAUAGUUUGGAGUAUGGAAGCUCAGUGGCUGAUGAAGAGGAAAAGAAUUCGCUUAAUCAAUACUAUGAUGAUGCAAAUAGUAGUUUGUCUUUUAAUGAAGUGGAAAACUUCUCGAAUGAUGAGGAUAGUAACUUUGUACCACAGUACACUUACACAAUCAAUGAUGAUGAUGAUGAUGAUGAUGAAGAGGAGAAUUUUGAUGAUGAUGAAAAUGAUACCAGCUACACUUCCAACCAAGAACCAGAAUUAAGAUUCCAUGAAUCUAAAUCUGAUUUUAAAUUAGAAGAUGGAGAAAUCUCAGGCUCUGUGGAAAACCUCCUAAUAUACAAAAACUCAAGGGUUUCACCCAUGGAUGAAAUAGACAAGAAUGUCAUUGAUAACCAUUUGGAUGACAGACAGCAAGCGCUGAAAAAUACAUCAACUGGCUUUGAUGAAGGACAGAAUGGAUCAUCUACAGAUGAUUACACGGACAAUGAGGAUUAUAACAGUGUACCUUAAUGAGUCUAAAGCUUAAACCACAAUUACUUAAUAUAUUAUCUACAUAGUACAUACCAUGUUUGUAUUGUAAACUUGUCUGUAUUUUUGUUAUUAUUUUAGAAGUACAUGUACAUGUGUAUUUAUGUAUCUUUUUAGGUGACGUUUUGUCUCCUUUUUUGUUUCUUGUGGUGUUUUUCUAUAGAUUUUAUUUUUUAAUGUUUUCUCUGAACUGUUUAAUCUGUAAAUACAAUAAUAUCUUCUAUUGCAUGUAUAUAGCAAAAAUAUUCACAAAUUUAUUAUGAUACAUUAACAUUACAAUCACUUUUAUAUUCUUUUGAAUUUUUUUUUUUGCUUGAAAUGAUACUUUAAAUUAAGAAAAAAAAUUGUGUCUGAAAAGAAAAGAAAAAGAAAUUUGAUGGAUGAAUUUAUGUUUAAUACAGUGUAAAUGUUUUGGAAUUUUUUUAUAUAUAUCAAAAUUUUUUUUCUUCCAAAAUCAUAAUAUUUGAGUAAAUAUUUGAACUGCACAUAUUUUAUUGAAAAAUUUACAUAUACAUGUAUGUCAAUGCACAAGUUCAACAGCCAUAGAUCUGGUAGUUUUGUUUUUUUUUUUUUAGAAUUAAUCCAAUAUAUUGUACAAAGUUUGUAUUUUGAAGACAUCAUGAUAUAUCUUUAAGUUGCUAAAGGGUUUUUCAUCUGUGAAACACUGGAUUAAAAUCUACAAGUAUUCACUCUGUCUAUUAUAGUUGGUUAGAUAAAUUACAAGUCUGUUCAGUAUAAUGUAAACAAAACAAGUGCUUGUAGUAGUAGUAUUGAUAAUAAUCUUUUACUUGGAAUCAAAAUACUAUAAAUUAAUGUUUAAAUUUUCUUUUUUUUAAACACAAACAUAUAUGUACAUACAUGUAUAUACAAAAGUUUUAUCAACAAAAAUGUACCGUGCAAUCUAAUGGAUUUUGAUUAUUUCCCUUUUUUGUGGAAAGAAAAAUUCACAACCCACCAUUUCAUUGCGUAAUGUAGCUUGUUGUUUAAUCUAGAGCAUGUAUAUUUAUAUUCUCUGUUCUUCUUUUAUCUCACUGUUGUUGUUGUAAAUGACGCAUGUUUUGAUAAACAUGUACAUGUAUAAUCCAAAUCAAAAAUUCCAGAUUUUUAUAUUUAACUGUUAUAAUCUUUUAUUUGUAUUUAUUUUUAAGAUUGUACUAGAUAAUUUUUAAAUUUAUUAAACUGUACUAGUACUGAGGUCAUGCAAGUCUGAAAACUUGAUUUUGGUUUGUUUCAUGGCUUUUGUUUAAUAAUUUUAGAAGAAUAUCAGAUACAUAAUAUAUUAAUAGAUAUUUUUAUAUAGUGUACAUGUAAGAACAGAAGACUUUUAAAACCUCCAACCUGAUGAAACCGAAGAAAAAAGCUGUAAUUUAGAGCCGGUUAUUUAUUUAUAUAUUUACUUUGUACAAUACUUGUUUACAGUGUUACAGUUAUAGUGUUGAUAUAGAGUUAUGUUUUUUGUGUUAAACAUAAAUAAUGUGCUUUUGUUUCAAAUUUGAUACAUUAAUUCGGUUUAAAAAAUAGUUUCAUGUCACAAAAAAUCUAUACAUGUAUUAAAUAAGUACUGUUAUUGUACAUUCAGAAGUUGUGUUAUAUAAAUGCAUGUUUGUAUGAACGGGUGAUGAUUAUAACUUAAGGAUUGCUCUUGCCUAACAGGAUUUUUCGUCAGAGAGCUUUAGAUCCUACAAGAGUUAUGUUUCAUGAUUCAAAACUGACUGACACUGUCUGUUUAAUGCCUAUUCCACCCCUUUUUACCACCCAAGCGAAAUUUAGAUCUUAUGAAUUCACGCGGUUAAAGAAAAUAAAUCAUACCAAGGAAAAAUAAUUGGAUCCUUGCCUGAAUUCUCACCCGUUAUAAAAGCUACAUUAACCUCAGCACGUGCAGAUCUAGGGGAAAGGGGGGGGGGGGUCCGGAAUCUUCCUAAAAAUUCAAACUUAUCAAAUUCGCAUAGUAAAAUUUCCGAAAAUAGGUCUAAGACCCACUUGGCAAACAAAAUUAUUAUCCGAAUCACCCACCCCCGGGGACUAUUUUCUGGAUCUGCGCAUGCAGAAAGUUACAAAGUUACAAUCUGAAAGUUUGAUAUAAAAAUGGUUUUAAAAAAACCAACACACUAGUUAGAGGAUAUAUCUUGAUUUUAU